CCAAUGAGCAGCAAGGAGGGGGGAACGGAACAGCGUCUCUUCGUGACGUCGUCGGCAGCAGGAAGUGACGUUAGCGGUGGCGGGCUAGUGAAGGGGCGGAGCUAUAUAAGCGCGGCUCACCACAGCGGUUGUAUUGUUACAGCGGAAGCCGCGCCCGGACACGUGAUCUCGUAACACCGGAGGGGCCGCCACCGAAUACACCAUCAUGGGGGACAAGAUGGACAUGUCCCUGGACGACAUCAUCAAGAUGAACCGGAGCCAGCGGCCGGCGAGAGGGCGAGGAGGGAGAGGCGCCCGCGGUGGUGGCUUGUCCCGCGGCGGAGCAGUAGGCCGCAUCGGCGGAGGUGGCGGUCGAGGAGGCGGAGGACCCCUGCGGACGAGGCCGAUGCUGAACCGAGGCGGAAGGAACCGGCCCGCGCCGUACAGCAGGCCCAAGCAGCUCCCGGAUAAGUGGCAGCACGACCUGUUCGACAGCGGCUUCGGGGCCGGGGCGGGAGUGGAGACCGGGGGGAAGCUGCUCGUCUCCAACCUGGACUUCGGGGUCUCAGACGCGGAUAUUCAGGAGCUCUUUGCGGAGUUUGGCACUUUGAAGAAGGCGGCGGUACACUACGACAGGUCGGGCAGGAGUUUAGGCACAGCUGACGUCCACUUCGAGAGGAAAGCAGACGCGUUGAAGGCGAUGAAACAGUACAAUGGCGUACCGCUAGAUGGUCGGCCCAUGAACAUACAGCUGGUCACAUCACAGAUAGAAGCACAGAGAAGACCUGUAACGAGCCCGACCAGGGGUGGAAUGAUAAGACCACGAGGAGGGGGACCAAUAGGUUUCGGCGCUGGGGGAGGAAACAGAAGAGGCGGCAGGGGAGGGAAUCGGGGUCGUGGACGGGGAGCGGCGCGAAACACAAAGCAACAGUUAUCAGCAGAAGAACUGGAUGCACAGCUGGACGCCUACAAUGCCCGGAUGGACACCAGCUAAUCCCUCCCGUCCCCCGUGCUGCAGUCCUGGGCUGUGGAAGUUUCUACAAACCGGAAUCUUUUUUUUAUUUUUAUUUUGCUUUUAUUUCUGAUAGGUUUUUAAACUUCUGUAAACUUCAUUUUUUUUUUUUUUUUUUUUUUUUAAAUUCGGCAGACCUCUAUAUAAUUUUUUUUUUUGUAAGAAUUUUUUUGGGACAAGUUUUAUUGGUUGUCAUGAGCAGCUGAUCUUUAACUUCUAAAUAAAAAAUACAAGUGUUUUUUGGUAUAUUUGUUCCUGUUCUUGGUUGGACACUGCACAUCCUGUGCCCUUGAGGCUGGACAGUUUUUUGGGGGAGGGGGUUUAGGGGGUACACCAUCCCAAUGUAACAUGCUCUUUUUAUUGAAAGU